AUGAUGUGGAAGCCUUCGCUAUUACUGGCAUUGGCUUGCGUAGUCACCACUUCGGCUCUACCCCAUGCCCCAGAUCAUCCCAAUCAGGGCAAUUCGUGCCCGGUGAAUGAGGCCGAGGACAACAUUGGUGAUCUUGUUCGCUUGAUCCGAAAAUGCCCAGAAGGCCACUUUUUUUGUCGUGAACUCAUUCAUGAGACAUGCGAGGUUGUCACCAAAAUCAAGACGGUGAAUCCAGCGCCAAAGACUGUCAGGGUCACCGAGACUAUCACCGACCACUCUCACCAAGUGACAUCGACCUCAACCGAACGUAUUACCUCUACAAUUGUGAAGUCACCCACUAGCACCACCACUCUCCAUACGACUUCGACUUCGACUCACACUGUGCCUGUGACGGCCACUGACUUGUCCACCCUGACGACCACUGAUAUUUCUACUGUCUUCUUGACCGAGCCGGACUAUGAAACAAUCACAGUACCAGUGACGAGCUUCAUCACAAACACAGUCACCAAAGCAAUUACUGAUUAUGCGGCUGCCACAAUCACUCAGUCUUUUACGGAUACCACCACCGAAACAUUUACGAACACUAUCACCGACUACUCGACGGCCUAUGUCACAGCAUUCAUUACUGACCUUGCAACCGACUAUGUCACCAAUCUCUACACCAAUUUUGCGACUGUUACUGCGACUAACUUCCAUACCGACACUGUGACCCUUUCCUUUACUGAUACUGCCACUGCAACGGCCACCAACACUAUCUUAUUAACCACUACACAAGAGGUGGAUGUUACUGCGACAGAUACUCAAUCCGAGACGACUACUCAGACUGACUUCGUCACUACAACUAACACGAUCCCCGCGACCGCGAUGGAAUAUACCACUGCUACCAUAACUACCGUUCAGACUGAUGGUAUCACUGUAACGACAACCACCAUGGCUACUGUUGCUCCAGCAAAGAGAGACGUGAUUGAUGAGCGUGCUGGUCUGUUCACUCCUUCUCUGUUGAGAGGCAUUGAUACCACUCAUCUAUCGCGUGCAUGCUCGAUCUUGUUUGAUGAGGAUCGGGGUUCGACCGUGUAUACCACAAAGACUCUUGCAACUCCCACAAUUACUAAGACUCUCACUACUCAUACCGUGGCUCCUGGGGUAUACACUGUUUACAUCACCAAAUUCACAACCGAGUUUGUUACAAAAAAGGCACCCGUGUUGACUACCGUCAAGACUGACACUGUCACUACCAAUGUCAUGAAGACGGUGACUAUUAUGGCAACUUCAUCUAUCACCGCCUCUUCGACCACCACCGCCACCGAUAUCUCCACAGUGACAGUCACGGUUGACAGUCCUACUACCGAAACCGAUGUUGUCACGGCCACAUUAACCAGCGACGUGACGACCUCGACCACUUUGGAUGUAACAGCCCAAGAAACUGCCUCUGUGACUGAGAAUGUCACGCAAGACGUGACUGCGACUGGGACAACUGAUGUCACAACCACUCAAACAAAUACAGAGACUGUUGAUAUUACGACAAGCCAGACAACUACCGCAACAGCCGAUGUUACCGCUACCGAAACAGCGUCUCUGACGAUCACAGAAACCUCAACAACAACCGUUGACGUGACCCAGGUAGCAACAAUCACCUCCACUUCGUCAUUGACUGUCACCGCCACAGUACCUGUAACUCUUCAAACCACGAUUGCCAACACAGUCGAUGUCACCAGCACCGCUUUCGCCACAUCAACCAUCGACGUGACCGUCACGCAAACAGUGUCAACAACCACAACCAUCACCGUCACCUCAACGGCCACCAGCUCCCCAACCUGCGGCGUGAACGUCGUCUCAAACCAAAAUUUCGCCGGUGCAGCCCUCUCUCCUUGGGCCUACUCUUCCACAGGCAACGGCAGGUAUGCGUUCGUUGCCGGUGUCAACACUCCUUACGCAAUCGAUCUCUACACAAGUGGUGUCGGUAUAAGCACGCCAAUGAUCAAACAGGCAAUUCCCACUGUUGUUGGCAAAACCUAUACCAUUUCUUUGUACUAUUUGGUGUCAAAUGGAAAUUCUGCCUCGACUUUCCAGAUAUCAUUCGACAACACCUACGCAACUUUGUACUCUGUCAAUAUUGGAGCCUCUAUUAGAAAUGUUUGGAAGCCUUUCCAGGGCUCUUUCGUGGCAUCAUCCAGCUCUACUACGUUGUCACUCAAAUUUGUUACGAAUACGCUUGCGUCGGUUUAUAUUGACACGGUUUCGGCUGUGACACCGUGUUGA